AUAUUCUAUACAACACCAACACAAAUUCAUUCGCGUCACUGUUUGUUGUGUAUGGAUGUUGCGUUCUGGAAAAAGAACUGCAGAUUCAUCAAACGCAUUGGCAAUCAUGACUUUUACAAGGGACCCUAAGCGCAUUUUGCUUGAAACCUUCCUGAAUAACUUUGGUACAUAAUAAAUGGUGGACCACCAAUGAUGACGAAUUUUGAAGUCACAUCGAUAGAGUUAUCAGUAAAUCAGUAAGACCGAAUUCAAGCAGAACCUAGCGAAAUAAUCAGCAAAGCUGAGUACGGCAAGCGACAAUGGUGCACAUUCGCGACCGUAUUGCGCAGGAUCAAGACAACAUCUCGGUGGCUUCACUGCAUCUCCCACCACCAAGAAACGACGUGGUACACUGGCGGAUUCUCGGUUAUGCGCGAAAAUUCUCAAAUUUUUCCCGAUGGGAGAAAGGCAUACUGGGUUCGGCUACGUUGUGCCUUGCUGCCAGUAUCGCCCUGACCUUCGAGAGGAUCCAUAAUCUUUCUCCUUCGCGGUGUCGCGAUAAUAGCACGGGACUACUUACUAACGUGUCCAAUGAUUAUCUCGAACAUUUGGAUAAACAGUGUUCAGCGGAGUAUACGUUUGCUUGGUUGACCGUUAUCCAUUGUUUGUUUUCGCUGUUCUACGUUUGGCACGGUCUGUUUUGGGCACGAUGGUAUGAGCUGAUUGUGUUUGGAUGUAGCACGGUGCUUCGUUUGGCCUAUACUGCGGCAGAUUUUCAUGAACUGAUUAAUCACACCCAUCCUGCCGAUGCCGUACAUCAGUACAUAUUUGCAAUCAAACUCACCCGGUUAAUUUUGUUGGUGCCCACUGUACUCACAGCCCUCAUCGGAUGUUUCGUGGCGUACAGCAAUCUAAAACUUGGAUGGAUUAUUUGCGAAUUUCCGCCUCAAAACUGCGAUGAGAGAAUUCGGGAUGAUUGUAAGCGGAUUUUCUUGACACGCUCGUUGCGUACCUUCAGUACGCAGUUUCAGGUGACCUUGAUUAUGCUCAUUAUGUGCCAUCCUGAGGAAUUUCAUCUAAGUACCCUGGAGUGGGUAAUUGUGGCGUUCGGCAUCGUUUUUGUGCUUGGCUGGUUCUUUGCUGUUACUUUCAGCCUGAUGUGGCAGGACAAGUACUUGGCUGGCGUUGCGUCUGGCAGUGUCUUGGCUGAAUUCUUCUAUAUCUGCUACAAGUUCUACGACUCCGACACAGCGCUUAGAACCGAUAAUGGAUAUUUCAGCACACGUUCGUUACAUAUUGCCGUUUUUGCUAUUGGAGGUGCUGCUAUGGCUGCUCGCUUAGUGACAACUGGAUGUUUGUACUGGACAGCCAGCAGAACGUUCGGGAAUGGCCUUCCCUGGCAUAAGAAAGUGUAUCCUGGUUCUGGUUCUUGUGAUAACGAGGUUGAGGAUGGGAAGCCACAUAAUAGCCAGGGAAUACCUCCGGUCGAUCGUGAUACUUCGCUGCCCAUAAACGAUUGCCGCAAUUCUGGAGCUUUCCCAAACUAUGGCGCCACAAUUCCAUAUGGUCGAAUAAAUUAACCGAGGCCUAGCACAUACUAAGCACGUAACUUAACUAUUGAGGCAUACGGUCCUUGAACUCUUGUAGACGAUUAUGUGGAUGAAAAGCUGUUCGGAUGCUCUUUAAUGCAACUAAACUCUAAGCAUACUGCACUAACCUAUCGACGUACACACCUACGAUAAACUGCGAAUAUCUG